AUGGCCAGAACUCAUGUCGACGGCCGUGAGCCGACUCUGGAAGACACAAUGAGCACCAUCGCCAGGCAGGCCCUGCAAAUCACCCACUUAGAGGACGAGAAUGCCUCCUUACGCAACCAGCUGGCAGAAUAUCGGGUGGCUCGUACAUCUGUGGGAGUCUCCGAUCCGAGCGACGAGCAAGUCCAUCCGGCAGCACUAGGAAUGUAUUCUUCAGAGCAAUAUGGAGCCAUGAUGAAGGAGCUCAAAGACCUUUCAUCUCGAUUCGAUGAUCUCCAGUCCAAACAUGCUGGAUGUGAAGAAACUAUGAAGAGGUAUCUGGACAAAUGCAAGGAGUACAAAGACUACGCCAAAGGUUGGAAGGAGUGGAAGGAUAGAGAGAUGGCCAAGAAGAAUCUUGCGGACUUAGCGCCUGCGCAGCGCCACGAGAUACUCUUGACCAAGAAGCACCAUGCAGGAUUCGACCGACCUCAACAAGGGAGCGACGAUGCUCUCGAACCUCCACUCACACCCGUGAGUCUUCCAGAGGCUGGCGUUGAGCAAGGAGCUGCUUUCAGAGCUAAGACUAACUUUCCUGCCUUUCCCUCGAGCCCUCCUCCGUUGUCUCACAAAGACGCGCCGCGGCCGUCAUCGGGAUUGGGGGUUCCUCGAGUUACUUCAAGCCAGACAACCGUGGAUGACACACCAGCAGAGGAGACAACUAUUUCUCCACAUGGCGAAGAUGCUAGUAGCGACAACGAGCCUGUCUUUGUGUCUGCUCGGUCACUGAAGCGUAAAGGCGGCGUCUCUGGACAAGACGAACGGCCUGCGCAGCGUAUCAAACAGGAGCCCAAAUCGCAAGAAAGACCGAUCGAGCUCACAAGCAGCCCACAAAGGAUACCUGAGCGUACUGUGCAUCAUCAAAUUUCGGAUUUAGAUGCCGUGGGAACACGGAUGAUCACACCACGCAAACCUCAACGGAUCAGUGAAAUUCGAGAGCGGGCAUCUUCUGAAGAAGCAACCAGAGCUCGACCGAGCUUGAACAGGAAUGCGUCGUCAUACUCGGAAGGUGAUGAGCCUGUCCAAGAUGCUCUCACAGCUGAGCAUCAUCCGAAGCCUGAUCACCACAAAGGCCCCUUGAACUCUGUUACACGACGGCAGAGCCACAGUGGCAACCAACACCUUGUCAAUGCACCUUUAAGGCCGAUCAGUGUCAAUGUGCCAACUGCAUCUCGCACAUCGGGUCGUCCAUCGAAUGGCAAGUCCAAAUUAAGACGCACAGGAGCGAAGGAUAAGAUCCGGCUGCUGUCGGAGGAUGGCGAGGAGUCUAGUCAAGCCGCCCCUGACGACCAAGCUGGAGAGGCCGAUGACAAUCGCCUCGAAAACCUGCUGAACGAGCCUCCUCCAGAGAGGACGCCUACGCUUGCCCGUCGUCCUCAGCAACCUGUUACGAUAAGUCGCAAAACUCGGCAAGCUCCCACCAUAGCCAGCAUACCCACACCUGAAUCAGUCAUCAAGCGGCCCUCCCCCCAGAAACUAAGACGGAGCCCACUAAAACGUCUUCGCCAGCACCAGAACUCUCCACCGCCUCUCCGGCCUGAAGAUGAGUCUUUGCGGAGCAAACAUGUGAUCAAUUUGAAGCUCGACGACUUCAAGAUCAAUCCGAAGUACAUGGGAACUACGCACGCAUUCACAGACACGCUCCGAGGAAGGGACGCACGAAGGAACUUGCAUGCUUGCACACGACCUGACUGUUGUGGUGGAGCUCUUCAGAAAGUCAUUGCGAUGGGCGGGACUGAAUUGACUGGCAAGACGGACGCCCAGGCCCUUGAAGCAUUCCUUGGAGAGGACUGGCGAGAUCAUAUGGGCGGAUACAGUGCCGAGAAGAGGAAGGAAAUCACUACGCAAGCGCACGUAUUUGUACUCGCGAAUCAACACGGAAAGCACAAGUCUGCUUUUGAACGACGGAGCACUCCGCCAGGCUUUUGGGAUACAGAUUUUCCCACGACACAGCAGAUAGAAGAGAAUCGGAAACAGGCCGACGAGAUGGAAAGGAGGCAGGUCGAAGAUCGAUGGCGGGAAGCGAUGCGUGAAGGAGGACGAUGGCUCUUCAGAGACGAGUAG